GGCUACAGGCUCUAGGGUCGGUUAGUCGUUGUCUUCAGUGGUGUGCCCUGGGUUUACCUCUCCGUCGCUGCCGUUCGGUCCUUGCAUCAGCGCCCCCCUCCUUGGCUCCUGCCCAACCGCCCCUCUUGCCCUCCUCCCCUCAGCUACCCCCCCGGUUUCUGCCGUCGGGGCUCUGGGGUUCGGGCUAAUGAUGCGGUCGGAGAGCGGAGCUGAGCGCCGGGACCCGGCAGCUGCGCAAGUGGCGACGGCUGCGGCCUCGGCGGUGACCAGGGCCACCCCAGCGGGCGGCGGCCCCGACCCAGAGGCCUCGUCGGCCUUCCCCGGACGUCACCUGAGCGGGCUGAGCUGGCCACAGGUGAAGCGGCUGGACGCGCUGCUGAGCGAGCCGAUUCCCAUUCACGGGCGCGGCAACUUCCCCACGCUGAGCGUGCAACCCCAGCAGAUUGUGCAGGUAGUCCGCAGCAGCCUGGAAGAACAGGGACUACGUGUGCAUAGUGUGAGGCUUCAUGGCUCUGCUGCCAGCCACGUACUGCAUCCUGAGAGCGGCCUGGGCUACAAGGACCUGGACCUGGUGUUCCAGGUGGACCUGCGUAGCGAGGAGUCCUUCCAGCUGACCAAGGCAGUGGUGCUGGCCUGCCUGUUAGACUUCCUGCCGGCCGGUGUGAACCGAGCCAAGAUCACACCACUGACUCUCAAGGAGGCAUAUGUGCAGAAGCUGGUAAAAGUGUGCACAGACACAGACCGCUGGAGCCUCAUCUCACUGUCUAACAAGAGCGGCAAGAAUGUAGAGCUCAAGUUUGUGGACUCAGUGAGACGCCAGUUCGAGUUCAGCGUAGACUCCUUCCAGAUUAUCCUUGACUCCCUGCUGCUCUUUGGCCAAUGCUCACCCACACCCAUGUCUGAGGCCUUCCACCCAACAGUGACAGGUGAGAGCUUGUAUGGGGACUUCAGUGAGGCCCUGGAACACCUGCAACACCGUGUCAUCGCCACACGCAACCCCGAGGAGAUCCGUGGUGGUGGCCUUCUCAAGUACUGCCACCUCCUGGUGCGGGGCUUCCGGCCACGGCCCAGCACUGAUGUGAGUGCCCUGCAGCGCUACAUGUGUUCCCGCUUCUUCAUCGACUUCCCGGACCUGGUGGAGCAGCAGCGUACCCUGGAGCGCUACCUGGAGGCCCACUUCAGUGGGGCAGACACUGCCCGCCGUUAUGCCUGUCUGGUGACGCUGCACCGGGUUGUCAACGAGAGCACCGUGUGCCUCAUGAACCACGAGCGCCGCCAGACACUGGACCUCAUUGCCACGAUGGCACUCCAGGCACUCGCUGAGCAGGGUCCAGCCGCCACCGCUGCCCUGGCCUGGUGUCCUCUAGGCUCCGACCGGGUUGUGCCAGCCACUGUCAAUUACUACGUGACCCCCGUGCAGCCUCUGCUGGCUCGGGCCCACUCCUAUCCCACGUGGUUACCUUGUAACUGACUCAGACCCUGGCCAGAGGGGUGGGGACUGGGCCUCACAGGGUGGGGUAGGACCUCUAGGAGUGUGUGGAGGACAUAACCAGAGAUAGGCAGCCUGUGUCAGGUAGCCCAGCACUGCUGCAGGGUUGGGCCUUCAGUGGAACAGACCAGACCUCCCUGAGUGGGGCCCCUGUGGGAUUAAGGGCAAGUUGGGAUUCUUGACAAGAGAUCCUUUGGUGGUUGCACCACACUUUUGGACCAGCAUGAUUAUGGGGUACAGAGACAUUUGAGGAUCAAUUGUGGAAACUUCAGUGCCCAACACCUUGGGUUGAUUUCCAUGGUCUGCAAGGGCCAUGCACAGUGAUCCCAGCAGCCUCUGAGGGCCUAAAGCCCACACACUGGCUAAAAUAUGGUAUGUUAUAGGGACUAUUCACUUUGAGUCAGGCUGGACCACUAACAGGGCCUGGUGGUCCAACCUUGCUAGUCACUGGGAGGAGGGGAGUAGAGGCAUGAGGCAGAGACCUGGGUUUGGGGAAGGAUAGGUUUAUUUAGCCUGGUCUCCUAAAACCCACAUCACAAGCUGUGAAGCCUUCCUCUCAAGGGGUUAAGAUAUGCCAUGUAUAGGAGCCAAGCCCAGGCCCCUUCCAGUGUGUUGCUCCCUUCCUUAUAUUGUAGACAGCCCUCUUUCUGGGAGUUUGGAGGGUUCUGGGCCUAAAUUUGCCACAGUAAAGUCAAGUGCUCCCACCAUACUGGGCUGGUUACAAGCUCUCACAUAAGGGAAGGGAGCCAUCCCCCACCUCCUUCUCUAUCCUUCUAGAUGUGUUGCUAUUUUGCACUCUUUAACACCUGCCAAUAAAGAUGGUCUACACUGG